CGAAAGGCUGCAGCUCAGUCGUCUGGAAAGGCGAAGCGAGCGGCGAGGAAGUCUCGUCUGUCUGCAGAACGCAAGCCCCGGCUCCCUUCCUCCCGAUCGCAUCCCCCUGCGAAAAAUUCAGCAAAAAUGGAGCUGCCGGCGGUGGUGGGGGAGCAUGUCUUUGCGGUGGAAAGCAUCGAAAAGCAGCGAAUCCGGAAGGGCCGAGCGGAGUAUCUCGUCAAAUGGAGGGGAUGGUCCUCCAAAUAUAACACGUGGGAGCCGGAGGAAAAUAUCCUGGAUCCCAGGCUGCUAAUCGCCUUUCAAAACAGGGAGAGGCAAGAGCAACUUAUGGGAUACCGCAAGCGAGGGCCAAAACCAAAGCCGCUGGUAGUUCAGCUGCCAUCUUUUGCACGCCGCUCUAAUAUCCUCACUGGCCUGCAGGACCCCGCCAUGGACAACAGGCCCAAGCUGGAUCUCAGCAACUCAGGCAAAAGUCAGCAGCAUCAGUACGAACUCAACAGCAAGAAGCACCAUCAGUAUCAGCCCAACAGCAAGGGGAGCAGCAUCAAGCACCAGUCGCACAGUAAAGGGAAGUACUACUAUCAGCUGAACAGCAAAAAGCACCACCACUAUCAGCCGGACCCCAAGAUGUAUGAGCCCCACUACCAGCCUCACAGCAAGGAGCCACAGCAAGGACAGGCCUGCUUGGAUCAUAGCAAAAGCCCGUUAAUGUCCCAGUCGGACAAGUGGUCCCAUAGCUCCACAAAGAGUUUGCUGAAUCCCGUCAAGAGUUUGAGUGGGAUUGAAGGAAAGAACGGGGCAGAGAAGAACCUCUCCAGUGGCACAGGGCCGCCGCCACCAUCUCCCCAGGAGGGUGUGACCAGCAACGGCAUUGGUGGCAAAAUGAAGAUCGUGAAGAAUAAAAAUAAGAAUGGACGCAUUGUGAUUGUCAUGAGCAAAUACAUGGAGAACGGCAUGCAGGCGGUAAAGAUUAAGUCUGGGGAGCCACCGAAGAAGCAGGUGGCCGAGGAAAGGACUACUAAGAGAGGAUCUGAGGAGAGGCCAGAGACCUGGAAAAAGCCUGGGGAGGAGAGAUGGUUGGGGAGAGAUGGUCUCAAAGGGAAAUCUGGCACAGAGGCCAGUCAGCUUCCUUCCGAGUUAGGAAGCAGCCCCUCAAAGACUGUGGCCCCCGUCAAAGAGCUGCCUAUUCCUGAGCAGCAGCCCCUGCAGCUCACCACCAAGCCCAACCUGGUACCCUGGUCCCUGGAUUCUAGCCAGCAGGAGCAGGCCUCACCUACCCCGGGACUGAGCCUUUCAGCCAGCUAUGGUGGGCCCCGGAAACGCUGCCUUUCUGAGCCCCACGGAGACAAGGAGAGCGGCAAGAAGCGCCUCACUUCCCGGAGCAUCAGCGCCCCCACCUGCCCAAGCUCCCCGGCCCCAGAGAAGCUCCAGCCCCCUGCCUUCCCCACCUCUCAGCCGGAAGUCAUCCUGUUGGACUCCGACUUAGAUGAGCCCAUAGACUUGCGGUGCGUCAAGGCCCGGGGGGACCGGGAGUCUGGCCUGGUGCAGGUGAAGCCGGAGAUCGUGCCAGUGCCAGCAGAACAGUUGGGGCCAGGGCCUCCGAAGCAGGUGGAGCACUUUGAAGUGGAGGGGGAGGAGGAAGAGGAGGAGCCUGUGCAGGAGUUUAAGCCUUUCUUUGGGAAUAUAAUAAUUACCGAUGUGACAGCGAACUGCCUGACAGUGACCUUUAAGGAAUAUGUGACAGUGUGAGGAGCUCAGGCACGGGCUCCUGGCUCUCCCCCUUGGCAGCCCGACUCCUCCCUUAAGCUAGUGCGCUGUCCAGAGAAACUCUUUGGCACUGCGCAAAGACCAGGUCCUCUUGAGGUCCAGCACGCCGCCUUGUUGCCUGGAAGACGGGAGGGUGGGGGGCCAGGCUUCUGCUUUGCCUUCAGAGCCGAGGGUUUCCCACAAGGCUCUCUUGGCCUGCCAAAGUCUCGGGCCUUGGGAUGUGGUGAGGGGUGCCGGCUCCCCAGUUAAUUCACGGGAGAGGAGUUCUAUAGUAUUAUAUUUUAACAGUGCUAACUUGUUCAGUGGUUCAUGCUCCCGUUUGUAUGUGGUGUUGCUAAAAAUGUAUUGUUUGAACUGAAGGCAGGCCUCCCCAGGUGGGUCAUGCAAUUAUAUUUAUUUGUAGGUAUUUAUAUAAUGAAAUAUAAAAAUCCUAGAUUUAUGGAGUUCCCUAGAUUGCCCUAUAUAUAUAUAUAUAUAUAUAUAAUUAUAUUAAAUACAUAUAUAUUAUAUAUAUAUAAAAAGCUAUAUCAGAAUAUUUUUUUCUUCCCUUUUUAAAAGCCACUUGUUUUUGAUUUCCUUGCUUCUUUUUUUCAUCAAACUGAAGGACCAUCCCUUCCUUGCGUGCAUUUGUGUGUGUGUGUGUAUGUAUGUGUGUGUACACACACACACACACACUGUUAACACAUGUUGCUAUCUCAAUGUGCAACCCCCCCCAAAUAAUCUAAAGCUAAACAAGCUAUUAUAGAAAUUGCUGCUAUUAGAAAUGUCUAAACUAUAAGCUUCCAAUUACUAUGAAUUGCUUGAAUGUAAAUAUUAAAUGGAAAUAUGUGGAAAGUGCAUUUGAUGUUCUGCAGCUGGCCUAGGUCUGGAUUGCAAAGCCUAGCUGUGAAGCAGGAGGGUCUUGGCCCCUGACAGGCACCUUUGUGCCUUCAGAAACCAGAGGGCGGAGGAAGGCAAACUCUGUGUCAUGCGUUCCUUGCAGAGGUCUAUAAACCUUUCCAAAAAUGA